AUGAGAGCCCAAGCACAGAGAGAGAGCAAGCACUGCAGCGCUAGCGUGGCCUGGGUCGACUUCCGGUAUCUUGUUCCCAAGAGGCGCUUGAAACCCCGCAAAGCCGUCGAGCUGAACGACAAGGCGUGGCUCCACGAGGCGCAGGGCUACCUCAACCACCCCAAGGGCGCCAUCACCCUCGCCACGCGCUGCGUCGGCGUGGGCCCUAACUCGGUGUGCAUCUACCACCGCACGAGGCUACCGGGAUGCGUCCCGUGCGACAUCGGCGAAGCGCGAGUGCCGCGCACGCUGUCGCUCUUCGAGCACCUCAGCGGCACGCACUGGGACGGGUGCAACUACGGCGGCUGGUUGGCCACGGGGCACGCAUCCCUCAACACCCACGUCACGGACGUCGCCCGCGCCUUCGGCGCCUCGGCAAAGGUCAUGGAGGUGAGGCUCGGCUGCAGGGACCCGACGCGGGCGCACGAUCCGGACACCAACCCGUACCAGCGGGGCGACGGCGUCUUCGGCAACUAUGCAGAGUCGGCACGCGCCGUGGUGUACGACGGCACGUGCGUCACCGCGGUGCACCACGACAGGCUGCGCCCGCUGGCGAGCGGCAAGCGCCUAGCCACCGACUACGCCGAGGCGACGAAGCGGAAGGCCAAGGCAGCGGCGUGCGACGCCAAAAACUGCGACUUUAUGACGUGGGCGGCGAGCACGCGUGGCGGCAUCGGGCACGAGGCGGCGACGUGGUUCAACACCAACUUCGACAUCAAGGCCGCUAACGCCGUGACCUCCCUCGUGACGGGACGCUGGUCUUUGGUCCUCCCGUAG